AGCCCAAGGUGCUGACCUUCUGGUACACCCCCGACGCGCUCUUCGCCGACCUCGGCCUGCUGGUGGUGGAUAUGCCCGAGUACAGCCCGGCGGAGUUCGCCGUCGGCCUCAAGACGACGGCGCCGGAGGCGGUGAAGCUCUACAACUUUGCGGCCCCCGACCUCCGCUCGACUGCGCCCGACGCCGUUGCCCUGGUGGAGCGCAUGGCCGUCGACCCCGGCAGCAUCAUGGGCAUGCUGAGGUGGCUGGCGCUGGAAGGGUCCACCUCGCCAGAGUCCUACUACAACAUCUCGUGCAGGUGGCUGCGCGAGAACGAGGCGGUGUGGGCUGGAUGGAUACCAAGCAAGACCGACUGCAUCGAAGGGCAGGGUCUGGUGGACCUGGAGGGGAAUUUUCUCCCAUCGCCUCUCGGGGCGUCUGGGUGUGAGUUCUGCCCGCCUGGGUCUAUGAGUCAGCGCUGGAAUGGCACUGCGGAGCGCGUCUGCGAGCCGUGCUCGCCGGGCACGUUCCAGGACCAGCCAGGAAAGGGCAUAUGCAAGUGGUGCGAGAGCGGAAAGUACUCGCCAGUGCACGGCACGGUGGGCUGCGCGGACUGCUCCGUUGGCACGUUCGCCGCGGGCGCCGGGAACGUGGGCUGCUCGCCCUGCCCGCUCGGAGCGGCCGAGACGACCGACAUCCGCGGCGCGGGUUCUCGGUGGGACUGCCUGUGCGAGAGCGAGCACUAUCGAGACGCUGGG